AUGUUUAGCCUACGCAGACCUGAGACUUUGCGAAAGCUCUCAUUUCGCUCACUUUCGAACACCGCGGCUGCCACAAUAACUGUUGCACAGCCAGUUGUGGAUGAGACUAUCCCGACACAAAAGAGAGCUACACUUGCAACAGUUGUUUCUCCAUCUGCAUCGUUCGUAUCCAAGCUUUCGCUGACACAUUUUGCAUCUUUUCACAAUCCGCCCGAGACAGAAACAUACAAGAUCAAAAAUGAAAUACUGCACCUCAUAGACACUAAGAAAUACGACACUUUGCUCAGAAUCUUGAUUAAAUGGACCAGCCGGAAGGGAGAGACGAACUGGACAGAGACACUUACCCAUAAUGAGCUAACACACAUUUUGAGCAAGAUAAUAAGCUAUCAAAUUGGUCUUAUUACAAGAGCCGGAACUGCGAAGAUGGUUGAAAGUCUGGGAAUACGGACUUCCUCCAAAUUAGUCCAUGCCCAUAGUGUGCGGGAGAAAAUAAGGACCGUGUACGCUAAUCUCCUAUUUACUAAGGCCGAAGGGGCACAUUUGUACUCAAAGGCGCAUCGGAGCCGAUUGGUGACGGCAUUUGAGCUUUCCCCUAACGAUUAUGAGAAUUUGAUCUCUAUGGAAUUAAACAAUGGUAAAUUGGACCUUGCUUCUAAGUGGUUCCAGAGGUUUGAACAACAGCACCCCAACGGGACGCAUUACAAGUAUAUGACGUCAAGAUUAUGGCUCCUCAAGUUCCAGGUAUACGCUAGUGCCUCACCUGCCUUAUGGAAGGUUGAACUGAACGACUUGUAUGAAGUCGAAUUAAAUCCACGCCAAUCUCGACUCAUGUCGGAAAGGGGAUGGCUUGAAAUCUUCAAUGACUUCAUCUCAAAUCAAGCUAUAGCACUGGGCAAUGUCCACUUCGUUUUUGAUCGUCAGGUACUUUCUGCCAUGCUUUUCUCCAUUGCCUACUCCAAAAACGUGGAGCAAUUGACAAAACUCAUUGAACUGAACUGGGGUAUCAAUUCCAGAGGUAAGAUGGUUGCAGGCUUCUCCAAGCUUGAUGUUGGCGAUCCGCUUUAUCCUGAUUUGAACAUAUUAAAAACCAUUGUUGUGUCUAUGAUAUUUAACAAACAGUAUGUUUCCAGCAUGGCAUAUAUGAAUGGUUUUCAAGAGCAUUAUGGAAUUGACUUGAGUAAGGAUAACGCCAAGCAUUUUUGGGACCUGAUCUUCCGUUGGUGUGAAAUACAGACACGUUUUUCGGAAUUCAGAGCACUUCAGCAUUUCAUUCAGAAGACAGCAACAACCCUAUUGAAACCAACGGAUGCAAAUGAAGUAGCACUUACGCUAGAAGAGGCACAAAAGUCCGCAGACUUUGACUAUGAGGGAUACUUGAAGUUUAUUGGGGAUUUACGCAAUCAAAGAAACAAGUUGAUCGAAGAACUUUGGAAAGGUUAUCGUGAGUGUCUGCCCGGAUUUUCUGCCCGUGUUUACAAAACAUAUUUAACUCUUUUAUCAGAAGACUUUGAUGAGAGACGGUGCUACGAGUACUUAUCGGAGCUAGCACUUCAGUAUCAUCUUCAUGAUGUUUCACCAAAUUCUUUUAAUCGCAGUAUGGUCAACGACAGACUCACGAAAAUUAGCCAGCUCUAUGAGAGAACGAUGAAGCUCUUAAUCGAUGCCAAAGGAUCGAAUGGCGAUUUGGGACAGAUCAGAGCUAUUAUUUCGAAAUGGGCUUUGAACGAAGGAAUGCGCAGUAAACUAGAUAUGUGGGCUUUGAGCCAAGAGGCGCGCUUUUUGCAGAAUGCCAAUGAGAAAAAAACUAUUAUGGAGCAAUCAGAGGAAGAGGAAGAUGGUUUUUUGGGUCUCAUGUCGUAG